UAGUAUUUCAAAAGAUUAUUGCUAGUGAUUCGUAUACAUAGUAAAACAAAUAAAUUAGUUCCGUAUUAAUUAUUAUUUUUUGCCUUGAUUUUUUCUCUGUGCGCAAAUUUUGUAAUUCGUUAUACAGACGAGAUAAUGUCGCUCAGUCCGUCUACUGGGUUCCCACUGGAGGAAGAGUACAAGAAGAACACCGGCAUCACGCCUUGGGAAAUAGCUGAACUAAGAAGCUGGCUGGAGACACAACCUCAUUUGCCAAGUGAUGUCAUUACAGAUAUGGAUUUAAUCUUAGCCCAUCAUAGCUGCAAGAGGAAUCCGGAGCAAACGAAACAAGUGCUGGAGCUACACUACACGCUGAAGACUCAGUACUCGUUUUUCCAAAAUCGAACGCUCGACGAUGAAAUGGAACUCACAUUGAAGAGAAUGUUGCUCAAACCCCUACCAUCACGCACUAAAGACGGUUACGCCGUGUUCUAUUCGCGACUGCUCGACUUUGAACCAAAACAUCUAAUCUUGCAAGAAGCACUAAAGUCAGUAUUAAUGGUUCUCGACCUAUGGCAGUAUCUCGAAGGCACAUGGCCCGGUUUAGUCAUUAUCUUCGACUUGGAGGGUUUCAGAUUAAGCCACAUGUUCCGGCUUGAAUUGCAAACUGUUCAGCAAUUCUUACACUAUUUAGAGCACGCGAUGCUGGUACAAUUAAAGGGCAUACAUUUAAUGAACGCGCCCUUUUUCGCCAACCGACUGCUAAUGAUCUUGAAGAGGUUCGUUGGGUCUGAAAUGAUGCAUUUGGUGAACACCCAUACCGCUGGGUCUAACACGCUGGCCGAAUAUGUCGACGUGGAGAUUCUGCCUAAAGAGGCCGGUGGAAGUUUUAGAAGCUUAGAGGAGUGCAGAGAUGACACUAUUGCCAUGAUGAAAAAAAAUAAAGAUUUUUUCCUUCAAGAAAACAAGAAACGUGUGACGGAAUCCCUUCGACCUAAAAAAAGUCAAAAUAAAAAAAAAGCGGAGAAGUGUCAUAAUAUUGAUUAAAUAGCUUAAAGUUGUUAAGGUUAAA